AGUGGUGGUCAUCCGUGGUCUCGGUGUAUGAGUUACGUAAGUAAUGCUAGGCGUGUGUCCGGCCGUUACCGACAAUCGGUACGUCUGGUGGCCAUCGGUGUGGCCGUGGGUUCGGCAGUACUGGCCAUUGACUCCAUUUACCGGCGUUUGAGUCUUAAACUCAAAGCCAGGCGUCAGUUGUCUUCGGCCGCAAAGAUUAUAGCGGCUGAAGAUGUGCCACAGAUUAAUGCCUCCAGAAGUGUGACGGGUCCCACAAAUUUGGGAAUGACAUUCACUCUAUACCAGUACCAGUCGUGUCCCUUUUGCUGCAAAGUGAGGGCUUUUAUGGAUUACUACGGAAUACCAUAUAAUGUGGUGGAAGUGAAUCCAGUGAUGAGACAACAGUUAAAGUUCUCGAAGUAUCGAAAAGUGCCAAUCCUUCUGAUCCAGAAGAAUGGAGAGUCAGAAGUGUUGCAAAUAAACGAUUCGACGACAAUAGUGUCGGCGCUGUCCUCAUACCUGAUCAGCCGAAAGCCGGACUCCCGACACGCGGACAAAUCGCUGCAAUCGAUCGCUCAGUGGUAUCACGAGAAGGAAGUGAUGAAAGAGGACGGCGUCAAAGCCGAUGAGAUUAUUAACAGAUAUUUCCUAAUGUUUGGAGACAUUGCCAAACAAAAACUCGAUACCAUUGAGGGCUCAGUGGGCGAAGAGCGCAAUUGGAGGCGUUGGGCGGACGACCACUUCGUGCACACAUUGUCUCCUAAUAUCUACCGCACUGUCGGCGAAUCGAUGCAAGCGUUCCGCCAUUUCUCUGAGAUCGGGGAAUGGGAUCACAAUUUCAAAGUGUGGGAAAAGUAUUUGUGCAUAUAUUUAGGCUCCAGUGUUAUGUAUUUGAUUGGGAAGAGACUUAAAAAGAAACACCACUUGACUGAUGAUGUGAGGGAAUCGCUGUACCACUCGUCCAGACAUUGGCUCAAAGCCAUCGGUAAAGAUCGCAAGUUUAUGGGCGGAAACACUCCUAAUUUGGCCGAUUUGGCCGUUUAUGGAGUUUUGAAUUCAAUUGAAGGCUGCGAUGCGUUCACUGACUUGUUAGAGAAGACUCGCAUCGGUUUGUGGUAUUAUUCCGUACAAGAGUUGGUCAGAAAUAAGGCCGGAGUCCAUGAAUUAGAGUAUUUGAAAAUCAAUGAGUAGUUUUUUAAAUACUGUAUAAUUUUUUUGAUGCUUAAUAUAAACCGAUC